CGCAUAAUAGACAAGCACCCAAUCUAUGCGUAUCGUCACUGCGGACUUCGAUCUGGUACUUUAGUUGGUGCUCGGCUUUCAUCCAGACUUGUUGGUCUCCAACUUCUCUCAACUUGCUUGAUCAUGCGAUAGCAUUUCUUGCCUUGGUAUUCUCUUUGCUUCACUCCUAUCGACGACCUGAUUACUCUGUAUAGACAUUAUACUCUCAUGUGUCCCAUCGCCGAAUAGACUUGACUACCCCGCCAUCACAGACGAUUGUCACCCAAUAUGCCACCCUUUCGAAUCCCCUUCACUUCCAAAAGACCCACUGUCAACACCGAAUCUGUGACAGACGAGAACGCCAGACCAACUCCUAAUGGUGAUCAUGUCACAAGUCCAUACACAAAAGACAAGCCUUCAUUGGCUCUGGGUUUGAAGGAGCGAAGAGAUGAACCCAACGAGUUCAAGUUGAGUUCUGUCAGCGACAGUGGCGAAUAUCUACCUCCCUCACCAACAGAGAAAAAAUCCUUCUGGGCCAAGUCCCCCGCCUCCGGAACCAACAAUCAUCGAAUCUGCUUCAAUGAGCACGAGCCCUUUUCUAUUUCUCGCGAAUCCUUUGAGUCCUACAGAAGAUCAUUUGACAUCUCUGGUCGUUCUCCUAUUCUGCAGGCAGACAGCUUCACUUCGCGCACAUCCCUCGACUCCCGACCUUCAUCCAGAUAUCCCACUCGAUCAACAUUAAACAGCUCGACCUUUGACCACCCUUCAGCGGAUGAAGGGUUUGAGGAUGUCAAGUUGAACGAGGACGCCAAAAAUCAGCCUAAAAAGAAGAGCUUUCUGUCACGGUUUGGUGACGCGAGUGGUGAACACAGUGGCAAAGAAGACGGCAAACACCAUUUCCACCUACCCGGCAGGCGAAGAGGCCAAAGUGGAACAGGGAGUGAAUUGGGAGAAGUUCCUCGACCCCAAAGUCACGGACAAGCCGAGGUUCCAGUGCUUUGAAACGAGCAAUGGACACAGGACGCGACGGUCCAUACCAUUUCCACUGACGUUCUAUGGCAUGCAUUAUGACAAGACUUGGGUUUUGAUGAUGGUUCAAGGUGCAGGUCAUGGAGUUUUCGGAGAGCCAGGACAAGAGGCUGAUUGUUUUACACGCAUUCCAGACCAAGGUUGAGUAUCCAGGCAGAAGACAUCAUAUCCGCAGUGAACGAAUUGUGUAGGUUCAAGGGCAUGACUGGCAUGGCCAUCUCAGUCAUUGUUGAGGUUCUAACAGGAUACUAUUGAUCGAUGGGAACAUAAUCAUAAUGAUCCGGAAUAAACAUUGACACACA